AUGCGUUCCGAUCUAUCCGACGAUAAGCACAGUGUGCAGUUGGCCGCGGCCGAAAUAGCAGAAUCAUCCGACACGAGCGGAUUCUACGAGCUGGCCUCUAACGGCUCCACGAACGGUAUCAUCCAUGGAAGCGGACACCAUUCGCAUCAUCACCAUCAUCAUCAUCACCACCACCAUCAGCAACAACAUCAGCACCAUUCGCAGCAUCAUCCGCACCAUCACCAGCAGCAACACCAGCAUCCCGCCCAUGCCCAGCAUCAGCAGGAGCUGCAGCAGGAUAAGAAUGCAAACCUGCUGCAAAGUGAAUCCCUAACGACCCAUUCGACCGGUGGCAUUACCCUGAGGGCUACCUCGCGACCGAAACGGGCCACCAGACGCAUGCAAAUGGAAGCUGCAAUCGACCCGGACAUGACGGACUCAAGCUCGCAAAGUGACGAUACGAGCUGUGGCAGCAGCCGCACGGGCAGCCGGGGCAGUAACGGUGGCCGCUCGGGUCAGGGGGCGGCUGGCAAUGGGAGCAGCAGCAGUAAUGCAGCCCGCCGUCGCAAAGGUGCGAUGAAUGCGAAGGAACGGAAUUUGCGGCGCCUGGAGUCGAAUGAACGCGAACGAAUGCGAAUGCACAGCUUAAACGAUGCGUUUCAGUCGCUGCGGGAAGUGAUUCCGCACGUCAAGAAGGAAAGACGCCUGUCGAAGAUCGAGACACUCACGCUGGCGAAGAAUUAUAUCACCGCGCUAACUGAUGUUAUCAUCGUGAUGCGUGGUGAAGGUGAGGCAGCAGCGGCCGCCAACGGUGCCCUACCGCACCUCAACACUACCGCCAACCUGCCGAUCACCGACGUCGGUACGGUGGCCACGUUAGCGAUGCAGACCAAUUGUCUCACGGCGAUACAGGCCAAAACGCAGCCGGAAGUUGUGGGUCCAUGUCAUGCAACCGAGGUGGAUCCUAUUUCCUCCUCGCUCGACAUAAUCUCCGCCACCGUCGGUACGGCACUCGACUGCCACGACCGGGUCAUCCUGCAGCAUCAUCUCACGCUACCGCCCCACCAGCAGCAUCACCAGGUGCAGGAUGGUAGCAGCAGCAGCAACAGCAGUAAUGGUAGCACCACCAGCAGCAAUGGCAGCAGCAGCAGCAGCAGCAACAACAACACCACCGCCAGCAACAAUAACGGUAGCAACGCCAGCAUAAGCAACACCACCGGCAGUAUCAUUGACGUGUCCGUCGUGACGACAGCGAAUGGUCACCAUCCACACCACGGUAGCAUAAACAACAAUCACCUUAAUACCCACCAUUUCAAUAACAAUAGCGCUAGCAGUAUAGAUAUCGAAAACAGCUUCUACGAGGAUCCAUUUCAAAUGAUGUAA